CCUCUUUCCACCAUAAUCGCCGUUCAUCGAGCAUGGUAUCUCUAACUCAAACGCUGGCCCUCCUUGGGUUUGCCGUCGCUCACGCCCAGAUCCCUUCUUUCUUCGAACACGAAACCCAGGUCGAAAGCGCCUGCAACACGGACGAGUCCAAGAACUUAGUGUGCUACCAAGACAUGGAGAAGGCCAAGGUCGCCAAGUCGGCGGCCGUGGCGCGCCUUCGCAUUGGCAGUAAUUGGUGCACGGGGUGGCUCUUCGGUUCGGAAGGCCACCUGAUCACCAACAACCACUGCAUUAACAACGAGGAUGCGGCAUCGCGCACGACAGUCGAGCUUGCCGCAAUUGCCCCCGGCUGCGCCGAUUCUGUCUCACAGGGUAGCCACCCCGGCGUGAUUGCGUCGACCAGCGUCACGUUGAUUCUGAACGACGUCAAGCUUGACUUUGCCCUCGUCAAGCUCAACCUCGUCAAUGGGUUCGACUUGAAGCCGUUUGGCUACCUCCAAGCGUCACAAACUCCCGUGCAAGUUAACGACACGGCAUAUAUCAUGGGCCAUCCUUAUGGAAAACCUCGCCGCAUUGCCAUGGGCGGGAAGGUGGUAUCGUUCGGGUCUCGCGCGGCGUUCGCCGCUGCUGGUAGUACACCGACGUGCCUCCCAGUGGAAGCGAACACGGAUUUUAGCGGCGAAGACAUUGCCGACGUCGCGGGGGCUCCUGACUUGUGCUGCGGCGCGUGCAAAGCCAACGACAAGUGCAAUGCGUACAGCUGGUUCGACGGCGUGUGCUACCUCAAGGGCAUGCGCCGCGGACCUUUCCACAAGGCGAACGUGCACUCGGCGCGAGUGUACAAGUGCCAGCCGCUGGAAAUCAACAUGGAUUUCGUCGGCAACGACAUCAGCAACGUGUCGGCCGAGGCGGCCGAGGACUGCUGCGCCGUAUGCCGCAACACGGCCGGCUGCAAGGCGUUCUCGUAUGCGUAUGGCGUGUGCUACUUGAAGAGCAGCAAGGGCGCGACCAAGUCGGAUGGUAGUGUCACGUCGGCCGCAGUCUAA